AUGACGAAGUUGGCAAAUCUUGAUUUUGCUGCUUUGGACAUUGCUGAGAAAAACUACCUUACCUGGGUGGUGCAUAUCAAGAUCCAUCUGAAGACAGGAAAUCUUGGAGAAACCAUUAGGGAUGAAAACAGUGCAACCUCUCAAGAUUGGUCGAAAGUCAUGAUCUUUAUUCGUCGCCACAUUGACGAAGGAUUAAACAGUGAGUACCUAACGGUUGAAAAUCCAUUAGCUUUCUGGAAGACAUUGUACAAUCAUCCGAAAAUGAUGAUUCUUCCAAGAGUUUAUUAUGAGUGGACUCAUCUAAUGAUCCAGGAUUUUAAGUCAAUGAUUGAGUACAAUUUUGCGAUAUUUAGAAUUAGCUUUCAGAUGAAACUCUGUAGGGAAAUCAUAACUAAAGAAGAUAUGCUGGAAAAGACUUUCAGCAUCUUUCAUGUCUCCAACGUACUCUUGCAGCAGCAGUAUAGAAAGUAA